AGUGUGCAUUUUAGCUUGCUUCCUUAGAACACCAAAAUUGGCACACAGGCUUAUUAGCUUAUUAUUAUCCCUUCAGGAAAAAAAAAAAAAGGGAAGGGAAAUGUCUUAUUUAUCCUUAGCUACUUCUUCUCUUCUAUGUGUUCUGUUGUUUUUCUUGUGCUCCUUGGAAAAGGGUUUCGCUCUCCAAAGAAGUAACAAGGACAUUGAUGAUGAUCAUAGUCACCAUGUUCGUCUCAGCUCUCUUCUGCCAUCACCUACUUGCAGCUCCUCUUCUGUCAAAGGUUCUAACAAAAUGAAGACAACAUUGGAUGUGGUACACAAACAUGGGCCAUGCUCCAAACUAAACAAAGAAAAGAAGGGCCCAACAUCACACACUGAGAUUCUGAAUGUAGACGAAGAAAGGGUCAAAUACAUUAACUCCAAGAUAUCCAAGAACAUGUUGGGCCAUGAUGAUGAACUUGGAUUGAAGCAAUUAGAUUCUGCCACUUUACCUGCCAAAUCUGGAAGCCUUAUUGGGUCAGGAAACUACUUUGUUGUAGUGGGUCUUGGGACACCAAAAAAGGACUUGUCUCUUAUAUUUGACACUGGAAGUGAUCUCACUUGGACUCAGUGUGAGCCUUGUGCUAAAUCAUGUUACAAGCAACAAGAUGACAUUUUUGAUCCAUCAAAGUCUUCAACAUAUUCCAAUAUUACAUGCACUUCUUCACUUUGUACUCAACUUUCUACAGCCACAGGAAAUGACCCAGGAUGUGCUUCAACAUCAAAGGCUUGUGUAUAUGGCAUCCAGUACGGUGACUCAUCCUUCUCUGUUGGCUUUUUCAGCCAUGAGCGGCUGACGGUGACCGGCACCGACUAUGUGGACGACUUCCUUUUUGGUUGUGGCCAAAACAACCAAGGCCUCUUCGGCGGCUCGGCUGGCUUAUUAGGCCUCGGCCGCCACCCUAUUUCCUUUGUCCAACAAACCGCCGCAAAAUAUCACAAAAUAUUCUCCUAUUGUCUUCCUUCCACCGCAAGCAAUGUAGGUUACCUUGCCUUUGGUGCUUCUAGAGCUUCUAGUUAUGUCAAAUACACUCCCUUUUCGACCAACUCGGCCGGCGCUUCCUUUUACGGCCUAGACAUCACCGGAAUAACUGUUGGGGACACCAAGCUCCCUGUUUCUUCCUCCACAUUUUCCACCGGCGGCGCGAUUAUAGACUCCGGAACCGUGAUCACCCGGCUUCCACCAACGGCCUAUACCGCCUUAAGAUCAGCAUUCCGACAAGGUAUGGCAAGGUACCCCAUGGCGAGCAGUUUGUCCAUAUUGGACACAUGCUAUGACUUGAGUGCAUACAAAACGGUAAUUUUCCCAAAAAUAGUAUUUGAAUUCGCCGGGGGUGCCACGGUGGAUCUCGCGGCGGCCGGGACAUUUUAUGUUGCUAGUGUGAAACAAGUGUGCUUGGGUUUUGCACCCAAUGGGGAUGAUAGUGAUGUUACAAUAUUUGGAAAUGUGCAACAAAAGACACUACAAGUAGUGUAUGAUGUUAAUGGUGGUAAGGUAGGGUUUGGAGCCGGUGGAUGCAAGUGAUUUUACAUCAUAUAAGGAGAGAUUCUUGCAUAAGUACAAGUUUAGGUGAAAACUCAGGUACAGUGGACUUCGCGUGAAGUUGAUAUCUGAGAAUCGUUAGAUGAAAAUUUAGUCAAAUCAAUCAAAUCAUCUAACGACUCUCAAAUAUCAACUUCACCUAAAGUCGACUUCAUCUGAUUUUUACCACAAGUUUAACAUAUCACUUUUGGGCAUACUCAUAAUAAAAUCGAUAAGAAUUUCAGAUAUUUCAAAAAUACAAACAAUUGAUCUUAUAAUUAAGAUUAACGGUUAUAUUUUUGAAAUACCUGCAAAUAAUUUUCCUAAAUGGUUCCAUAAGUUUUAUGCAAAAUAUACUGAUUUAUGGAGUCCAUAAACUUUUAUUUGAGUAUGUCCGAAAAAGUUUGUUAAACAUGUGUCUGAACAAUGCAAGAACUUUUCUUAUAUCAAUGAUAUGAUGUUAUAGUUUAGCUACGGGCAAGUAAGGGAGAAAGGAAAGGAACCCCAAUUGCUCAAGGCAUUUUUAUGAAUUGCUAUUAUUAUAACAAUGAUGAUAGGUAGAAAUGAAAGGGGAAAUAAAAAACAAAAUAGGUAAAGUUUCAAGGUUUGGGGAAAAAAUAAUGAAAACAUUAGUUGCUAUAUUGAAAAAUAUUAAUGGGCAAAUUAAAGUGUAACUGUAACAUAUAAAUUGAAGUGGUUAUCAUGGCUCAUGAAUCAUGAUAUAUAUAUAUAUAUAUAUAUAUAUAUAUAUAUAUAUAUAUAUGAUUGUUUGCAACUGUAAGAUAAUUAAGCAAAUGUGAAGCAAAAUGUAAAUUUCAGUAAUGGAUUGUUGAAUAAAUCAAAUGCUUAUGAA